AUGAAGAUUUUCUUGGUGGAACCUGCCAUCUUCCUUAGUGCAUUUGCUAUGAGUUUGACCAUGCCCCUGGCGACACAGUAUGUUUACAGGAGAAUAUGGGAAGAAACAAGCAACUACAGCAUUGCAUUGGACAGCAAUAUUUCUGAGUGUGAGAAAAACAAAAGCAGCCCCCUUUUUUUACUCCAGGAGGAAGUUCAGAAAAAAGCGUCUCUCUUUAGCCUGCAGAUGGACCUCAGCGGGCUGAUUCCCGGGGUCAUGUCAACGUUCAUUCUUCUGUCACACAGCGACCAGCAGGGACGGAAGCUCCCUCUGAUCUUGUCUUCCGUGAGCUCUCUGGCCACCAGCGUGUGGCUCUGUUUGCUGGCCUACUUCGCCUUACCCUUCCAGCUGCUCAUCGCGUCUUCCUUCAUCGGCGCCCUGGGCGGCAACUUCACCACCUUCUGGGGAGCCUGCUUUGCCUACAUAGUGGAUCAGUGUAAGGAAGGGAAGCAGACGACCGUCCGAAUCGCCAUCGUGGACUUCAUCAUUGGACUUGUGAGCGGGCUGACAGGACUGUCUUCUGGUUACAUUCUUAAAGAACUAGGAUUCGUGUGGUCGUUUCUAAUUGCUGCCGUGGUGCUGGCAGGAAACUUGAUCUACAUUUUAUUUUUCCUUGGCACACCGGCCAAAGAAACGCCAUCUCAGAAUGAUUCCGUGUCAUGCGGUGAGGCCUUCAAAAACCUCUUUUACAGGACUUUCAUGCUUUUUAAGAACGCCCCUGGCCGACAAAAGUUCUUGCUCAGCAUGUUACUGUUCACCAUGAUGACUUACUUUUUCGUGGUAGUUGGCACCGGCCCCAUCUUCAUCCUCUACGAAUUGGACGCACCGCUCUGCUGGAAUGAAGUUUUUAUUGGUUACGGGUCAGCUUUGGGGAGUGUUUCUUUUCUGAGCAGUUUCCUGGGCAUCUGGCUUUUCUCUUACUGUAUGGAAGACAUUCACAUAGCUUUCGUUGGACUAGUUAUCACCAUGGGCGGAAUGGCUAUGACUGCUUUUGCCAGAACAACACUGAUGAUGUUCCUGGUCAGGCUCCUGUUCAUCUUUGCAGUGGUCCCGCUCUCGGUGCUGCGGUCCAUGCUGUCCAAAGCGGUUCGUCCCACCGAACAAGGUGAGCUUCACCGGCUUAAGGAGGGGGAUGAAGGGACAGUCUGUCCCAACACAGGUCUGCGCCUGAUCCACGUUUGA